ACAACACGGAAACAUAUCUUAUUCGAUGGAAUAAUCAAGGCAUACUUUAUUUAUAGAUCACCGCCAUUUUGAUUUUUAAUCGCACAGAAUAUAAUUUCUUUUAGCUUUUAACUUGAAUGGAUAAAACCGGAAUUUGUAAGGAAUCAAAAGAUGGUAUUGAAUGCUGCGUGAAUCAUUAUCUUAAAGGAAACUCUUGUGAAGAAUGUUCAGUCGGUUGGUUUGGCUGGAAUUGUGUGAAUUCUUGCCCUUCAGGAAGUUAUGGUUGGCUGUGCUCAAAUCGCUGUGAAUGUCCGGAUCAGCUUUGCAAUUUUGUCUCGGGUUGUCCAACCGAUAACAAGGUCACUCUGACGUUAGAUUCAAACUCCUCGACAUCUACAAGUGCAAGGAAUAACACUAAAGAUGUCUUAGAGACGUCUAGCAAAGGCUCUUCUGAGCCAGCAGUAUUUCGAUCGUCUAAGAAACCAGACUUGUCAUCGUUAUCAUCAUCAUUAUCAACAUCAUCGUCCACAUUGAAGAUAACCUAUACACCGUCCACCGUCUUAAAAUCAACUGUUACAACGAGAAAGAUAACUAACUCUGAUAACGGGACUGUAGAUAUCGCCAUAAUACUAGUCCCUAUCGGAAUCCUUAUUGUAUUGCUACUAAUCGUCAUUAUCCUAAUGAUCGCUUGGAAACUAAAUCUGGUACAGCGUCACAAUCAGGUUUUGACGUCAGAAGUGAUAACAUUGAAGAAAGUAAAUCCGUCAAGUGAAGAGACUGCAGACUAUCAAGAAAUUAACUUUGGAACGAGACGAGAAAUAUCACCUGAACAAUUUAGUGUGAAAGGGAAUCAUCAACAUUAUCAUACAAUAUCAGAGCAACAUCUUUCUCAGUCAUCUCCCUCUAAAUAUCAAGAAAUUAAUAAAAUCGAAGAAGAGAAAAUGUCAGAACAUUCUUCGACUGAAAAUGAUCAAAAUGCCUCUUCUGCGUAUCUUAUACCUACAUCUACAAAACCUGCGCAUGCGUAUAUUGAUGUUAUAGAAACCUCACAGGAGGAUAUUGAGGCGAAGUCCCAAGCGUCUUUACUCACAGAGGAAUAUGAUGACACUCUGUUCCAUACCGACAGUGAAUUCAAAUCGUCUGAAAAUAUGUAUCUUGAUGCUAUAUGAGCUGCUAUGACUU